CUCUGGUCCUAUCACCAGUUACACAACAGUAGAGGCCAACCCUCAGCUCACAACAACCUCCCUUCAGGUAGUUAUAGACAGCAGAAAGAAACCUAUAGAAACCUUGCUACCUAGAGAGGAUUGUCAGUUCUAAGCCUGAGACUUGGAAAUCCAUACAAAUAAGUCUUUCCCCCCCAGUUCCUAACUUAAAGUGCCAAAUAGAUGCUUUCCACUAAGUUCAUAGUGAUACCUGACUCAGAGGUAUAGGUUCCUCUCCUGUGGUUCUUUGCAUAUCAGCAAAGACUGAAAUACCUUGCCUGGAAAAAAAAAAAAUCCAGCUUUUAAAGGAGCACUAUUCUGUAGGUUGUGCUGAUUACUGCUUUUGCUGCAUGAUUGUGAUUUUUGGCACAGAGUGUCACAUACCAAAUUCCCAAAAUAAAAUGCUACACGGUAUUCCAAGAGCUCUUAGGAAGCUUUAAAAAGGGAUUUGUCCACUGGGUGAAUAACACUUCUGGUGAAGCCACACAAUGCAGCAAGAGUGGUUUAGGACAAGAGAAUUUUAGUCGGCAAAUUGCCUUUUAAAUAAGCAGAAAGGGAAAGGAAAACCUUCCAUCAGUCUUGUGUUUGUAGAAGUUGUCAGAAAUCCUGCUUUGAUUGUGAAGGCUCUACAACUAUAUGUUAGAGUAGCUAAAACAUCUGUUCAGCAACGUUGUGAAAUCCUCCUGCUCUGAACUCUUGAUAAAGGGGACUGCUGAGCGAUUGGCUCGUAGAGACUUUACAGGCAGCAGGAGCUGUAAAUAGAGUGGUCACUGCAUGCCUUCCUUAGUCCUGGUCAGAGGGAAGCACAGAAGACAGUCACUAUUUUACGAGUGCAUGGUUUUGCUUUGAGAGGCAGAGAGCAGGAAGUGCCUAGGAAAUGGUUCACAACAGAAACCUGAAGUUGUAAAUAGAAGAGAGAAGGAGGAGAGCUGAGGGAUGCAGCUUGCGAGUAGUUGAGCUCCUGAUACAACGGCAGCGGAGCAAAACCAGACUUCUUCAAGAGCAAGCACAUCCCAGCCCAUCCCGAUGGAAGGGGAGACGGUACCAGCGAGCAGGAGAGCAGCCAACAAAGCCACGCGGAUCGCUCUCGGUGUGUUUGUGGCUGGCACCGUUGCGCUUGGAACCACACUUUUCUUGGUUAGCCAAGGUCUUAUCAAGUUUCAUCCAAAGCAACAAUACUGUUUGACUGCAGAGUGCAUUGAAGCUGCUGCUGUUGUCUUAAGCAAGAUAAAUCAAUCUGUAGAUCCUUGUGACAACUUUUAUCGAUUUGCAUGUGAUGGCUGGAUAUCUAACAACCCUAUUCCCGAAGACAUGUCAAACUAUGGUGUAUAUCCUUGGCUGCGGCACAAUGUGGACCUCAAACUGAAGGCGUUGCUUGAGAAACCGAUCAGCAAAAGACAGGACAGUGAAGCUGUACAGAAGGCCAAGAUCCUUUAUGCAUCCUGUAUGAAUGAGAAUAAAAUUGAAAAAGCUGAUGUGAAACCACUGUUAAGCAUCCUAAGGCAUUCCCCUUUCCGCUGGCCUGUGCUGGAAUCCAACAUCGGACCAGAGGGGCUGUGGUCAGAGAGGAGAUUUAGCUUAGUGCAGACCCUGGCAACACUUCGUGGUCAAUAUAGCAACUCUGUCUUCAUUCGUUUAUACGUGGCUGCUGAUGACAAAGUCUCCAACCGGUAUAUCCUGAAGCUAGAUCAAGCUAGCCUCUCUCUCUCAUCUCGAGAGGAUUACCUAGAAAACACCACAGAAGCUAAAUCUUACCGAGAUAAUUUUUUGCAGUUCAUGGUUGACACAGCAGUGCUUCUGGGUGCAAAUGCUUCACGAGCUGAGUCUGAUAUGAAGUCAGUCCUAAAGCUGGAAGUUAAAAUAGCUGAGAUCAUGAUUCCAUAUGAAAAUCGAACAAGUGAGGUGAUGUACAAUAAAAUGAACAUAUCAGAGCUUAGUGCCAUGAUUCCACAGUUUGACUGGCUGGGAUACAUAAAGAAGGUGAUUGACACCAAGCUUUACCCUGAGCUCAAAGAUAUAGGUCCUUCAGAAAAUGUGAUUGUCCGUGUUCCCCAGUACUUCAAAGAUUUAUUCAGGAUACUUGAAAAUGAAAGGAAAAAGACUCUUGCCAACUAUCUGGUGUGGAGGAUGGUUUAUUCAAGGUUAUUUAACCUCAGUAGACGUUUUCAGUAUCGGUGGCUGGAAUUUUCUCGGGUGAUCCAUGGAACAACCUCUUUAAUGCCUCAGUGGGACAAAUGUGUGGACUUAGUUGAAAGUGCACUCCCUUACGUUGUGGGUAAGAUGUUUGUGAAAGCCCAUUUCCAAGAAGACAAGAAAGAAAUGAUGGAAGAGCUGACUGAAGGAAUUCGCUGGGCCUUUAUUGACAUGUUAGAGAAAGAAAAUGACUGGAUGGACUCUGAAACAAAAAGAAAGGCUCAUGAGAAGGCAAAAGCAGUUAUGGCAAAAGUGGGUUACCCUCAGUUUAUAAUGAAUGACACAUAUAUUAAUGAAGACAUCAAAACACUGAAGUUUACAGAGAGUGACUAUUUUGGCAAUGUAUUACAAACUCGCAAGUAUGCAGCCCAAUCUGAUUUCUACUGGCUUAGAAAAGAAGUUCCAAAAACAGAGUGGUUUACGAGCCCAACUACUGUCAAUGCUUUUUAUAGUGCAUCCACCAAUCAGAUCAGAUUCCCAGCAGGAGAACUGCAAAAGCCCUUCUUCUGGGGUACAGAGUAUCCUAGGUCGUUAAGCUAUGGUGCCAUAGGAGUAAUUGUUGGCCAUGAGUUUACUCAUGGAUUUGAUAGUAAUGGCCGGAAAUAUGACAAAAAUGGAAACUUAGACCCAUGGUGGACAACUGGCUCUGAAGAAAAAUUUAAAGAGAAAACAAAAUGCAUGAUUAAUCAAUACAACAAUUACUACUGGAAAAAAGCUGGCUUACAUGUGAAUGGCAAGAGGACCUUGGCAGAAAACAUUGCAGAUAAUGGAGGUUUGCGAGAGGCUUUCAGAGCAUACAGGAGAUGGAUUAGAGAAAAGAGAGGAGGAGAAGAAGAGCCUUUACUGCCAGGCCUUGACUUCACACACAACCAGCUUUUUUUUCUGAGUUAUGCCCAUGUAAGAUGCAACUCCUUUAGAUCAGAGUCUGCAAGAGAACAAAUAUAUAUUGGAGCUCACAGCCCUCCUAUGUUCAGAGUUAUUGGAGCCAUGAGCAACUUUGAAGAGUUCCGGAAGGCUUUCAACUGCCCAGAAAAUACGAAUAUGAACCGAGGGGCAGAAUCUUGCCGGCUGUGGUAGCUGUUCCUUCUGGAUCUUCUGUCUGCAAGGGUCUGUAAUGUGAACUGCUGUGCCUGAGCUCAAGCUCACUGUGAGAGUUUCAGAAGAACACUCUGCAGUCUGGAGAGGUGUUGUUACUUCAACUGUGUCUUCCUCAUCCAUGUGGAUGAACUACACGGACAUUCCUUUUAUCCAUGAAACUCCUUCUGUUCAUCUGCAGUUACACUGCUGUUGGUGGAUAACUGCCAUUACCAAUUCAAAUUCCUGAUUUAUAUUUGAGCAAGAGGUAAACACUAAAGUUCAGUUUUAAUCUAUUGCUCUGCAGGGUGGCUAUGCAGAAUGCUCCCGUAUAGAAUUUGCUCUUUCAGGAUGAAGAAAUUAAUGAGACUUACUAUAAAGCCAGCUCUGAUUUGCUGCAUGAUACAGCAGUUUCAGAACUUAAACUGUCACUGCCUAGCAUGCCAUAAAUGGCAUUGAAUGAUGUAAGAGCUCAGAAGAAGGAUUUCCCAGCACCGUGAUGCCCAGAAAUAUUACAGUACUUAUCCCUAUCUACAGUGAAAGCAUUUAUUUUUCCCCCAAGGGGUGAAUUUGCCUCAUGUUGAUGAUGGCUUUGCCUAAAUUUAUUUUUAAGCCAGAAAUAACAGUUUUGGUUUUAGGGUGUUUUAGUGUCUGCAUUUUAUAGAGAACUGUAUUCUGGACAGGAUAGGAUGACCUGUAGUUUUGAGGAAAGAAGAAUUUGUGACUGAAAAACAGAGUGCCAACAGUAUUAGACUUAUCUGGGUCAAAAAGCCAUUCUAGAAGCUGAUGACUUUUAAAUACAGAACAUACACAGGACAUUUGAGUUUUUCACCUGAUUACUAAAAACAUUUACAAAAAGAAGUGAGCAAACGUAUUUUGUAGCAGAAAAAUAUGAACACAACUAUUACUUCAAAGGGAAGAAUACAAAAAUAGUCCUUUCUUCCUCAACAGAUAUACACCUAUUUAACUGGUACUUAUUUAUACCUUGUUCAUGAAUUCAUUUUUGGAUUGUGGAAUCAUUUCAAAUGGAGAGAGGGUUUAUUUAGGUUGAUUUAAUUACUGCAGGUCUAUGUGUCUCUUUGUGUAUGUACUUUAUAUAUAUAAAGUAUAUAUAUAUAUAUAUACACACACAUACAAAAAGUAUAUAAAUUCUUCUAUUAAUUUGUUUAAGUUUUAUUAUAUUGGUAUAGAAAUAUUAAUGAGACAAACUGUUUUACAGGGAUUGGUCAAAUAUUUCCUAAUAGUCAAGUUGGAUGAAGGUUCAUUUGUAGCUAAUUUUUUGCAUAUUGAGUUAGCCCCUUCCAUCACUUUAUAAAGAAGGGAGAUAUUAUGGAAAGCUACUUUAGGAAAGGAGAUAUAUCUUCAAACUACCUUCCAGAGUGGAGGAAGUUGAGAUUCCUAAACUCAGUGCACUGUUGUCACUUAUUAGAAUAAAAUCACUAUGUUUGGGGGAGAUGGGAUUCUCUUCUUUCAAUUUUCCCCUGAAAAAAAAAAAAGUCAUUUUUUUCUUAAGAGCAAAUGCAUAUCUUCCUUCAAGUCAGUUCUGAGUUCCACAGAUUAUAGUUUGUCAUUUGAGUUGACACUAUCAAUCUUUUCCUGGUGGUAUUUUUCACAAAAACUAUUCACAAAAUCCAUGUUUUCAUGGGUACUUUCCUCAGGCAAGCAGGCAUGGCUCUUGAGAAAAGUAAUAGUGUUUGCCUACUAAUGGGAAAGUUCCUUAGCAAAUUGAAUGCUGUCCUGAAUUCAUUUCUGUCCUCAUAUGAGCACUGACACAACUUGAUGCUGACUGCUUUGGAUCAACAGCACAAAGUUCAGGAGUAAAAUCCUGGCCCCAUUAAACUUAGUACCAUUAUGGUCAUUGUCCUCAAAAACCUCAGGACAGACAUUCAAACACUUAUCUAACUUUCUAAAUUACUAACCUAGGCAAAAAUGGUUUUACAACAGCCAGCUUGGAGUUUUCUAAUUUUAUCUCUUGGGUCAGAGAUGCAUUUGAAAGAGCUUCUCUCUCAUGGCUAUUUUCCAGUGGGACAGAUCUUGUAAUUUUGUGGUUUAUGGGGUUAUUACUCUAUACUGGAUAGUGAUUUCUUCUAAAAUGCCUUACAUUUGCUGCCUUAAGUGUCACCCUUGCUGCAUAUUGCUAGGCUCAAGCCUUUCAUGUUUUAUACAAAAGACUUUUGAACUGUGAUAUGGAUACUUGGAAUGGGACAAUAAACAUUCAGAAACCAUGUCAUCAUUACUAGGGCAGGCACACAUCUCUUACAGUGGGCAGAGAGAUGGGUUCUAUUCUGGGGACAUAGCAGAGAGCUGGAGGGCUCAGAGACAAUGCUCUAGAAGGAAGGAAGAGUGAGCAUGGCCAGAUUUUGAGCCCUGAUUCUGGGAAUUCAGUGGAGGCCUAUAAGUUGCAUGGAAAAUGAAGAGACUUUGCUCCCAACAUUCACACUCAUCAGUAUCAUACGAGUUUGGGGAAUCCUUGCUGUGGACUCAGGCGUUCGGUGCUUUGGGCUUAGGUCUUGCCCACAUCAGCAUGCAGGGUCCCACCUUCCCUGCCUAACUGUUGCCUCGAGCCAAAGACCUGAUUAUGUAGUUUUCAUGGGAAUCAGCUAUCUAGGUGACACUUGGGAAGCAAAGUAGAAGGUAAAUAAUAAGUACAUUUAUAAAAUUCGAUCACCAAGGAUGGGAAGCAAGAACAUGGUGAUGAUUUGUGAGGGCUCUUCUCAUUGCCUCUGUUUUAAGAUUCCCUGGUCCUGCUUUGCUUUCAGUGUUUCCAGUCUCUGUGCUAGCAAUGCCUUGCUGUAUUACCUUCAGAUUCACCUAAUGCAUCUAUGCAAACAGGUUCUUCCUGUAUGUUCUUCUCCUAGAGCUUUUAAAUUGAUGGUUUUUUUGUUUGUUUGUUUGUUUUGUUUUUGGUGGGUUUUUUGUUUGUUUGUUUGUUUGUUUUAAAUUGCCAGUUAUUAUUACAGCCCUCAUUUCCCUUUGAGCAUAUUGCAAAAUGUUUCUUUUGUUGGGUCAGUAGUCUUCAUAUCUACAAGUGGUCAGGAGGGAAAAGAUACUAUAAAAAAAAAAAAAGAACUUUUACCUGUGUGAAUUUGCAGUUUUCUCUACUGUGUAAACAUAAGGGAACAACACCUACUCCUCUCUCAUGUUCCCUUCUUUUGAUACUUAAAAUUAUGCAAAACUUUAUUUUUGGCCAGACCCUGAUAAAGCUGUACCAUCACAUUACACACUGUGAGUAUUCCCACUGAUUCUGUUGUGAAAACACAGUUUUACACACGGGUAGCUCUUCAAAAAGGCAGCUGUGCUUGCUACUCACCUGUGUGAACUGCUUAGGUAUGAUGUCCAUCCUGGGACUUGAUGCUGAAGGACCAAAAACUCAGCUGCAUUCUUAAGCUCUUUACUUGGAACUCUUGCAUUGUGCAGGGGAACUUCAAUGUUCUUCAAAUAGGAAUAACAAUAACAAUAAAUGUUUGAAUUAUUUGUAAAAUAAUCAGUUGACUUUAUGUAUAACUUUUUACUGAGUAUUAUUCAACAAAUUCCAUGCAUAGAAGUCUGUCUUGCAGCAAUGUAAUGUAUUUAUCUGUCUCUAAAUAAAUAUUGAAAACUUGAUGACUUGAGGCAGAAAGUGAGUUAAAAGGUCUUUUGUGCUUGUGCCUUUUUAAUCUGGAUUUUUAUUUUAAUCUACUCCUAGCUUUUCUUCCUGUAUAAGUUGACUGACUCCAAAAGAUAGUUGUGUUAGCCAAUAAAAAACAAAGUAAAGAUGAAUUUUCCUGUGCAUUCAGUAUGGUAAAAGCUGCUUGGACUGUCACUGCUCAACUUCACAAUGUUACUUCUGUAAUAUAUAGUCUUUAUAAAAUGUAAUAAAGAGCAUAAUGACAUGGCC